AAAGCUUGAGAGAUAUGUUUCUGCGACGAUCCGCAGCUAAUUUGCUCAGAAGAAUCGGUUUCCCCUCUCCAACGGCCUCCUCUGCUGGCCGGACAACCCGCUAUGUCUUCCCCGUCUCACUCUCCAGAAUAAAGGCCGGUUGAAGUAGAAGGAUUCGAAAUGACAUCUAGUCGUGUAUGGGAUUUGGAACCAAAGGAAGGAUCUUGUGGCAUAGAUAAGGAGAAACAAAAUUUUCCUAUGAAUAUGGUUCUGGAGGUGAUACUUGGAGGGUGAACAAGAGGAACCCUUGUCUAUGGAUUGUUAUAUGUGCGCAUGCUGGAAUAAUUCUUGGGAUAAAUGCCAACCCUGUCUUAGCCAAAGAUAUGUCAGCUGAAUCAAGUUCUGAAAAUGACACUGAAGGGACUGACAUAAUCGGAUUACGGAAGGUUGAGGAUGGCUCUGUUAUAUCAAACAUACAUACAUCUAAGUGGAGAAUUUUUACAGAUAAUGGGAGAGAUUUUUUCUUGCAGGGAAAAGUGGAGGAGGCUGAAAAGUUCUUCCUUUCUGCCCUACAAGAAGCUAAAGAAGGUUUUGGGGAGAGGGAUCCGCAUGUUGCAUCUGCAUGCAACAAUCUGGCGGAGCUGUACAGAGUUAAGAAGGAAUUUGAUAAAGCAGAACCAUUGUAUUUGGAGGCCAUAAACAUACUGGAGGAAUCAUUUGGUCCUGAGGAUAUACGUGUGGGGGCUGCUUUGCGCAAUCUCGGGCAGUUCUAUCUUAUGCAGAGGAAGCUGGAAGAAGCUCAUGUCUGCUAUGAGCGUGCUCUAAAGAUACAGGUGCGUGUUCUGGGACAUGGUCAUGUAGACGUUUCGGAUACUAUGUAUCAUCUUGGAAUGGUGCUCUAUAUGCAAGGAAAAGCGAAGGAUGCUGAGGCUCUGAUUCAGGAUUCAAUUAGGAUACUAGAGGAAGGUGGCCUAGGGGAAUCUUCUAUAUGUGUCAAGAGAUUGCGAUAUCUUAUUCAGAUAUAUCUGAAGUCUAAUCAUCCUGCAGAGGCUGAGAAUGUCCAGAGAAAGAUGCUGCAUAUAAUGGAAUUAUCAAAGGGAUGGAAUUCCUUGGACACUAUUAUUGCAGCUGAAGGUCUGGCCCUGACUCUACAGUCUACUGGGAACUUAAAGGAAGCACAAAAGCUUCUUGAAAGAUGUCUUGAUGCUAGGAAAACAUUACUUCCGGAAGACCAUAUUCAGAUUGGUGCCAACAUGCUUCACAUUUCUAGGGUGAGAAUGCUUAAUUCUAUCCAACUAAGGAAGGUGGAUAUUUCUCGAGCAAAUGCUGAGCUUGAAAAUGCAAAGGAUCUUUUACACAAUUCCAUAAGGAUAGCUCGGCGGGUUUUAAACAACUUGACUAAACAGAAAGGCAACUUGAAAAGUUACAGUGCACCUGGAGAAACAAGUAUGGAAGGCCAUGCAGCAUUAGUCAUACUGUUGCAAUCACUUGAUGCUCUUGGGCUUCUAGAGAUUAACAAGCAAGAGUUACUAGAGUUACAGGCGCUUUUACCUGUUGCUGGAGCCGAAAGUGCACUUUUCCAAUGCAUUUCUGCUUACAAAGAGUUUGAAACUAAGAGGUCUAUUUCUGACUCUCCUGCUGUCAAGGCCGAGUAUCUUUCAUGUUUGAAGCAUCUUUCAAGCUUGAUGAUCGAUAGAAAUACUGACAGGACACAAAGUUUUGAAGGAGCAACUUUAAAAGAGCUGGAAGAUGAAAUCAAGCGUCUAGAAUCUGAGCUUCACCAUAGGAAAAGCAAAAACUAAGCAACGUACGUAGUUCAGUUUGUUAAUGGAGAAAGGUAGUGUUAUCAAACAAAGCCUAAAACUAAGCUGGAUGCUGAUUUUGGCUGCAGCACCAGCGUGACGGCCAGAAAAUCGUUUGAAGCAGCAGGUCUAGUACUUAUGCCACUUGGCCAUACCCAAAUGAGCAACAAAGGUUCCUUUGCAUAAUUUUAUAAGCUCGACUUGUUGUAUUCAUGACCUUUUUCUACUAUCAUUAUUUCUAUGUUCUGAAUUUCUGAUAUGCCUUUGUCAAUUAAUCGGCAGCCUAUAUAUACCCUCUUAUCAGCGAAGUGGGAUUUUGGUGUGAAA